AUGGCAGAGGAUGGGCCACAGAAGCCACAGCUGGAGAUGCCGCUAGAGCUGGACCAGGACCUGACCAAGCAGAUGCGUCUGCGCGUGGAGAGCCUGAAGCAGCGUGGGGAGAAGCGCCAGGAUGGUGAGAAGCUGCUACGGCCGGCGGAGUCCGUGUACCGCCUCGACUUCAUCCAGCAGCAAAAGUUGCAGUUCGAGCGCUGGAAUGUGGUGCUCGACAAGGCGGGCAAAGUCACCAUCACGGGCACCUCGCAGAACUGGACACCCGACCUCACCAACCUCAUGACGCGCCAGCUGCUGGACCCCGCUGCCAUCUUCUGGCGCAAGGAGGACUCGGAUGCCAUGGAUUGGAAUGAGGCUGACGCCCAGGAGUUCGGGGAGCGCCUAUCCGAGCUGGCCAAGGUGCGUAAGGUCAUGUACUUCCUCAUCACCUUUGGCGAGGGUGUGGAGCCCGCCAAUCUCAAGGCCUCAGUGAUCUUCAACCAGCUCUAA